AAGCUUCCCAUAUCCUUCUCCUGUCCUGGCACUCCGAUCCAAGAAGAAUCUCGUCACCGCGUCUUCCUCCACAUCACCACCAUGUCUGGCCCCGUUGCGGAUCUUGGCCUUAUUGGCCUCGCUGUCAUGGGACAGAACAUCAUCCUUAACAUGGCCGACCAUGGCUACACCAUUGCCGCCUUCAACCGAACUGUGGCAAAAGUCGACCGGUUUCUCGAGAACGAGGCCAAGGGCAAGUCCAUUGUUGGCGCCCACUCUAUCGAGGAGUUCGUCUCCAAGCUCAAGAAGCCUCGCCGUGUGAUGCUCCUGGUCCAGGCUGGCAAAGCUGUGGACGACUACAUCGAGACCCUCAUUCCCCUCCUGGAGAGCGGUGACAUCAUCAUUGAUGGUGGCAACUCCCACUUCCCCGACUCCAACCGCCGUACGCAGUACUGCGCUAGCAAGGGCCUCCGUUUCGUGGGCUCUGGUGUCUCCGGAGGCGAGGAGGGUGCGCGCUACGGCCCGUCUCUGAUGCCCGGUGGCAAUGAGGAGGCCUGGCCUUAUCUCAAGGACAUCUUCCAGGCGAUUGCGGCCAAGAGCGAUGGCGAGGCUUGCUGCGACUGGGUAGGCGACGAGGGUGCUGGUCACUACGUCAAGAUGGUCCACAACGGCAUUGAGUAUGGCGACAUGCAACUUAUCUGCGAGGCGUAUGACAUCAUGAAGCGUGGCCUGGGCAUGUCCAGCAAGGAGAUGGGCGAUGUCUUUGCCAAGUGGAACAACGGUGUACUGGACUCGUUCCUGGUCGAGAUCACCCGUGAUAUUCUCUACUUCAACGACGACGACGGCACUCCUCUCGUCGAGAAGAUCCUCGACAAGGCGGGUCAGAAGGGCACCGGAAAGUGGACUGCGGUCAACGCCCUCGAUCUCGGCCAGCCCGUUACCCUCAUUGCCGAGGCCGUCCUGGCCCGCUGCUUGUCCGCCAUCAAGGAUGAGCGCACCAAGGCCUCUCAAGUCCUUGAGUAUGUAGGAAGGAGCAACAAGUUCGAGGGCAACAGGGAGGAGUUCCUCGAUGACCUGGAGCAGGCUCUAUACGCCUCCAAGAUCAUCUCCUAUGCUCAGGGCUUCAUGCUGAUGCAGGAGGCGGCUAAGGAGUACGGCUGGAAGCUGAACAAGCCCUCGAUUGCGCUCAUGUGGCGUGGUGGUUGCAUCAUUCGAUCAGUUUUCCUGAAGGAUAUCACCUCAGCUUAUCGUAACAAUCCCGACUUGGAGAAUCUGCUGUUCGACGACUUCUUCAACAAGGCCAUCCACAAGGCUCAGCCCGGCUGGAGAGACGCUGUUGCUAAGGCGGCGCUGCUCGGCAUUCCGGCCCCGGCCUUCUCGACCGCCCUUUCCUGGUUCGACGGCUACCGCACGAAGGACCUGCCCGCCAACCUGCUGCAGGCUCAGCGCGACUACUUCGGUGCCCACACCUUCCGCGUCAAGCCUGAGGCGGCAACCGAGAAAUACCCCGUGGACAAGGACAUUCACGUUAACUGGACCGGUCGUGGUGGAAAUGUGUCCGCAUCCACUUACCAGGCGUAAAAUUGUUUAUUCAUAAUUUGGGAAGAACGGGAACUAAGAAUAUAGGCCUUGUUAGUUGCAAAAUGGGCAAUGAGAUGGGAUAGUACCCACGCCCUGUUCAAUUGUUUUAAGACGAGCAUAUUCAGACGGGGGUAUUUGAAUAAGGGCCAAAUGGAUCCGAGAUGAAUGCACUCAGCUUUAGGUAAGGCAGGUAGCUGUCGGCUGGCUAAAGUUAGUUACUCCGUACUCUGCUCACCUGGCCUUCUGGUAUCUCGACUCUGCGGAUCGUAGCACCGCCUGCCUUGAUGCCACGACGAGGUCGUCCCGUCUCCUUGGGGUUUCAUCGAUAGUGGGCGUGUUACUGAAGAAUUGUACUCCGUAUAAGAACCUUGACGGUUUGGCAGGUGGGGCGCAGAAAGGGGGGGCGAGUCGAAAUAGCACAAAAUUCCUGCGUAAGGCACUUGUCAGAAUAAUCGGGUUAAGGUACGGUACACGCGGAAUUAUCUAGGUAUAUUCUAU